AUGAAAGUGAAGGAGGGCUCCGUCUCUGUGGACGUACAGCAGAACUGCGCCAGCAACUUCCCAAAACGCUGUCGUGUAAGGAAGUAUGAGGACUGGUACAAAGUGGGCCCCUACUGUGUGAAGUAUUUCAACACAUCAUGUUCCUUCCCUGAUGCCGAGUUUGCUUGCAGGGAAAAGGCCACAGGGGGUCACCUGGUCUCUGUGCAUGAUGAACAAGCAAACUCUGAUGUCAACUGCAUUGUGAUGAAAUAUAACUACUCCUCACCACGGAUCUGGUUGGGUGGGAUGGAGCUUUUCCAGUCAAAGAAGUUCAUCUGGACAGAUGGUUCUGUUUGGGAUUUCAAGAAAUGGGUUCCGGGUCAACCAGACAACACCAACAAUACUGAGGACUGUGUGGAGAUGAACUGGAAAAUGUAAAGACCCAGAACAAAUCUGAUGGCAAAUCCCAAAAUGUUCAAAUCAGCAGUGAUUUGAAACUACAGAACAAGAUGCACUUAAGUUAAAAAAUAAGACAUGUGUUUUAUUGGUAUAAAGGCAGU